AUAGGCCUGUGCCCCUGAUACCGAUCAGAUGUUCUAAACAGCAAAUAAGAACAUUAUGAUCCACGGUAUCAAAGGCAGCUGUAAGAUCCAGUAGAAUCAAUACAGCAUUUUUACCCGCAUCAGCUGCAACCAAAAUAUAAUUGAACACUUUAAGCAAAGGAGACUCCAUACUGUGAUAAGUAGUGAAACCAGAUUGAAAAGGUUUUAAUAAAUUAGCUGUAUUUAAGAAUGUGAUCAGCUGUAAUUGCACAACUUUUUCCAAAAGCUUUGACAAAAAUGAUAACUUUGAGACAGGCCGAAAAUUGUUAAAGCAACUUUCAUCCAAACCUUGUUUCUUAAGCAAAGGCUGAACAACCGCAUGCUUAAAGCAGUUCGAAACCACACCAGUGUCCAAAGACGAGUUAAUCAACACUUGAACACUGGGGCCAAAUUACUGGAAAAACUGCUUUUAUGAUCUUAGAAGGAACAACAUUCAGUGAGGAGUUAGUAGACUUCAUAAAUAAACAAACACAAACAAACAAACAAAUAAUCAUCUUUAUCUGUGCAGGUUUUUAUCAGAUGUGCUUCAGUAAUUUCCACAAUCGCUUCGGGAGCAUGCAGGUUUUCCUGAACUUUGGUGUGUAUUACGAGGGACAAAAGGAAGAAGAGAAGAAAAAGAAAGAAGAGGAUAUGAAACAGAUAAAUAGUACACUGUCCUUCAUUGAGGAAAGCAGCAGCAGGCUGCAGAGGUUUGUGUUCCACAUGUGGCGUCAUUAUAACUACGAGCGAAUGAGACGCGGCACAGAUUUCUACCUGCUUCAGUCCAACUCCAAUUAUGUGAACAUCUGGUCUGCUGUCCAAAGUCUGCUCAUCAUCACAGCUUGAUACCUGCAGCUCUACUGCCUCAAGAGACUCUUCAACACCAAACCAGCAGAGGGAGACAAACCCCGCUGUUAACAUCAACACUAAACCAGCAGAGAGAGACAAACCCCGCUGUUAACAUCAACACUAAACCAGCAGAGAGAAACAAACCCCGCU